AUGACAAUAUGUCACAAAGUUAUUUUGAUUGUUACAAUUGUGAUUAUCACAUCAAUGUUCUUUGGUGUGGAAGCUAAAAUAAAAAGAAAUAAACCAAAGUUUGAUAUUCCAAUUGAUCCACAAAACCAAGGAAUAGCAAAGCCUGAUAUUGAUAUAAAUUCUAUUGGAAGUUGGGAGGUGCUUUCACAAAAUUCAGGUGUAUCUGCCAUGCAAAUUAAUUUGAUACCAACAAAUAAAGUUAUUGUAUAUGAUGCUACAAUUUAUCGUCUCUCUAGACUCUUAUAUCCACCUGGGGUACCAUGUGUUCCUUUCAUAGAUGAUAGGACAAAAGAAAAUAAAAUUGAUUGUUUUGCUCAUUCAAUGGAAUAUGAUCUUGCUACAAAUCAAGCUAGGGCACUCAAGGUAACGGCAGACCCAUGGUGCUCAUGUGGAGGGCUUGCACCUGAUGGGACCCUCGUAAGUGUUGGUGGUUUCCUAGAUGGAAUAAGAACCAUUAGAUACUAUGGUGGUCCUGCUUGCAAUGGCAACAACAACUGUGAUUGGAGGGAAUAUAAUGGUGCAAUGAAUGAAGAUAGAUGGUAUGGAACUCAAGUAAUCCUUCCAACUGGAGAAUUCAUUGUAGUAGGAGGACGUAGAGCCUUUAGCUAUGAAUACAUCCCAAGACAAGAAGGCCAAAGACCUACAAAACCCUACUUCUUCCCAUUCCUUUAUGAAACUUCUGACAUUGAUGAAAACAAUCUUUAUCCUUUUGUUCAUCUCUCAACUGAUGGAAACCUUUUCAUUUUCUCGAAUAAUCGUUCGUUACUCCUUAACCCUACCACAAAUAAAAUUGUCCGAACCUAUCCGAUCCUUAUCGGAGGUUCCCGAAAUUAUCCGGCUUCCGGCAUGUCUGCCAUCCUCCCUAUAAAUCUAGCUACCGCUGACGACAAAAAUCCGGUAGUCAAGGCUGAGGUCAUUGUUUGUGGUGGCAACGCUCCUGAUGCUUUCUUUAUGGCUGAACAAAAGAAAUAUUACAAUCCUGCUCUCAAUGAUUGUAACAGGAUGGUAAUCACAGAUACAAUCCCAAAAUGGGAAAAGGAAUACAUGCCAUCAGGAAGAACAAUGGGAGAUUGUCUAAUCCUCCCUAAUGGACAACUUUUAUUCAUCAAUGGUGCACAAAAAGGAACAGCUGGAUGGUGGGAUGCUGAUGCUCCAAACCUAACACCAGUAUUAUAUUAUCCAGAAAAACCACAAGGUCAAAGGUUUAAGGAAUUGAAACCAUCACAAAUAUCAAGAAUGUAUCAUUCAACUUCAGCAUUAUUACCUAAUGGAAAAAUUUGGGUAGCUGGAAGUAACACUCAUGAUACAUAUAAAGAUGUAGAUAGAUUUCCAACUGAGACUAGAGUUGAAGGAUUUUCUCCACCUUAUUUGGAUGCAAAUUAUGAUCAAUUUAGACCAGUAAUUGAUGAAAUAUAUUCAUCAAAAAAUUUCAGGCAUGGUCAUAGAUUUGAGACAUUAUUUAGAAUUCAAGAUGUGAAUACUACUAAUGAGUUAGUUAUGAAUGACAUUAAGGUUACUAUGUAUUUUCCACCUUUUACUACUCAUGGGUUUAGUAUGAGUCAAAGACUUGUAGUUGUCAAGACAAGAGGUAUGUUCAAAAAUAUGCAAGGGGUUUUUAGUAUCGAAUCAUUGGCGCCGAUUGCUCAACAUGCUCCUCCUGGAUAUUACAUACUCUAUGUAGUUCACCGUGGCGUGCCUAGCAAGGGAAUGUGGGUUCACAUCCAGUAGAGAUUUUUGAGUGAAAUGAUUAUGCAUAGCACGCCGCAGAAUCAUUAGAUCUAAGAAAGGGAGAGAAAUAAAUUUAGAAUUUGUUUUUUCUCGGAUGUAAUGAUUUUCGCAUUGUGAUGCAUAAUACAGCAGGUGUAGAUGAUUCAAACAUCUUGAAGCACUGACAAAUAUUUUUUGAUAGUAUUUUUUUUGGAAAACUACCCAAAACUUUUACUUAGUUUUGUGUUACAUAUGUAUAUUUUUUAGGUAAUUGAAUUGUAGUUUUUUUUAAUUGUUUUAAUGUACAGAAUAUUUUUGAUGUAACUAUUAGUAAUGUAAAGUUAAUUUGCAGCACAAAAACUGUUGGGACCAAAAUCAUUAUUUAUCUUUUUUUUAACUCAAUGUUAGUGUAGUGUAGGUGUGGAGCAACUUUUUGGUCUUGUACAUUUUGGCUUAUAUAUAUUAUAUAUAUAAUCCAUUUAUCAA